ACGGCCGCUGAGCAAAUUCACGAAUCAAAUAAUCCACUCCCUAUUUUGUUCGGUACGAGGACAGUCCCAUUGAAACCGUGAGGAGUAGUAGAGUAGGCCGUACUGAUUAGUUAGUUACUAGAGCUAGUAGUAGUUUGCAAUCUUCCCGGGGCCCCAUGUGUUUCCUGGGAUAUUCGAAGUUCAUCGGAGCGAAGGUCUAUUUUUUUAUUGCAUAUCGGCCAGAAACUGGAGGCAUGCGACAUGGGGCACGCGCAUGUUGGUAGCCUCUUUUAGGAGUACAUUGUGAUGGACGAAACCGAUGAGCCCGAUCGCAAGCCAGGAAACUGAGCAGUUUCCAAACAACAGAGGCUGCUCUUCGGCAAGCUAGGAUUGCUGCUUGCGCCGUGAGCGGAACGCGUCGCAUUGGUCUUGGUGCUGGCGGCACUAAAUACAUUGUCGCGGAGUGAGUGACUGUGUCAUGACGAGUGGAGUCCUGGGCCGGGCAUAUAUCACACAAGCAGCAGCAGCACUCAUUGGGCGGCAAAGCGCACACUGCACAGUGGGGAAAGUGCAGCGUGUGGUCAUUCAUGUAGGCGCCCUGGCUGGGAUGAUCGUCUGCCAUGAUGUUCCGUUUGUGCGUCAUUGCAGCAGCAGCAGCAGCAGUUGCAACAGUUAUGUGACUGGUGAGCAAAGUGACAACGAAAGAAACCAGAAUGGUGCUGUUGGAGGCAGUGGCGGGAAUAGCAACUGCGAGCCCCGGUCACGUAUAGUCGCCGCGCAAUGCGUGCAGCUAAGGCAAAUGCUGAAGCAACAUUUUGUUUUUCGCAAGCAGGUUGCCGGACACUGGAUGCCGGGCAAGAUGCGUAUACACGAGGCAUUUCAGUUGUAUCACAAGCUGCGCUCGCAUGCGCUGGUUGACCAGUUGGAGAUCCAUGUACCAACUCAGUUUCUUUCCCUGUGGCUCGAGACAUGUGAUGAGGAGGCGAAGAUGCUGCCGACUCACGAUAUGGCGGAGCUGCUUCAAGCUUCGUAUCGUGUCCCAUUUCGCUAUGAUGCGUACGAGGAGAAGUUCGUGUCGCUCGUGUUUGCGGCCUUUGAGCUGAAGUGCCAGGAGGUUGUGGAGAGGAAUGAUGAUGCGGACUUGAUUGUCGUCAAGUGGCGUAAUCUGCUCAGGCUGGUUGUCGUGCUGAAGACGGCUUUUCCCAAUGCACCCAGUGACACAUUCUGCCAGCGUUUGGAGAAGGCGUUUUCCAUUCGCAUACUGACAUUUGCAAAGCCUGAAUGGCUGGUUGAUAUACUGGGCAGUUUCCUGCAGCUUGGGCCAUGCAGCCACCCUUAUCUACUAGGCAACAUGGCCUACCAUAUGCCAAGCAAAACCUCAUUUGUAGGCUACAUGAAGACAUUGAGUCAGAUGGUCGAAGAGCCUGCACAUCGUGCUCUGUUGGUGCGCCUGGUCAGAGCCAGACAGUUGACGACACACGUGGCGGCAUGUGUGGAGCAGUUUGGCUGGCCAGCAUUCCUCGCCGGUGAACCCUUUUUCCGCUGGACCGUGCAACACAUUCGCGGCUUUCCGUACUACCAGGAACUACUGCGUACCUGGGCUGUCGCCUUGGAGCACUACUAUCCCGGCAAGGCUGGCCUGGAUAUGCUGUCGCUGGCGCUCCUGCACGUCCGCUGGUUACGGGAACUGAAUCGAACAAGCGAGCGACUGCCGCCGCUUCUUCUACACAUCUGCCGGCAGAGCGAGCUGAGACUCUCCCUUGCUCAGCUCGGUCAGUUGCUGUGGCUGCUGUCGGACAGCGGCAUGGGCAUAUCUGGUGCUCAGCUACACCAGCUGCUCCUACGGUGUUAUGUACGCGAAACUGAGCUGUGCGAUGAGCAGUUGGUCAGCUCGGCCUGGGGAGAAAUAUUUCACUUUCUCGGCUCGAUGCGCUUCACGUCUGUCGAUGACAUGGCUCAGUCGUUCUCCUGUCUUUUGCUGCCCUAUAGCCGGGCUGUGUUUGACUGCUUACCCAAGCUCAUUGUGUUGGACUAUUCAGCUACGAUCAGCUGCUUUGUCGACCUAGCAUGGGUACCGCACUCACUUGCCAGAUUGUUAGUUCACAGACUUAUAUUCACGCUCAGCGCGCACAUUCGCUGUGUGGUGGAAAAGCAGCUCGACUCUCGCCAAGUACUGAGGUCCUCUGUUGGUGGUGAACUGCUGGAGGUCGCCGUCAUCACUCAGCUCAUGCUGGUAGCUGUGUGUGGCACGGACGUCAAGGUGCCCGAACAGUUCUGUCUUUUCGUCAGCCGUCACGCAGAGCACCUCCUGGAGAAAAGCAGAACGUCUCGUCACGUCUGCCUAACGCUGGCCCUGCUCUGCCAUGCGUCCACCUUGCAGCACCAGCCGCUGUUCACGGAGGUGCAGAGACAGCGACUGCUUCUGGCCGUCGUCGACGUCCACCGGAAAUUCAAAAUGUCUCUUCGAGUCCAGGCUAGUGCCCCGGGCGUGUCCCUUCUGAGCCGAACUGACUGCGUGACUGCCACUGGCUUGCCACUACCCAUCAUUGCACUGAUGGGACCCGAUGGCAAACAUAUGCCAUGGCCUACAAAGCAACCAUGUGACACAAGUAAGCCUGGAACUUCCAAUACUAGUAUGUCCUACGUUAUCCACGAAUCAGUGGACGAUCUGAAGAGAAUGUAUGGUGCUGCACGGUGCUUAGUCCUCGUGCCUUUCGACAACACUGCCGACUAUCUUCCUGAUUAUUUUCGCCGUGCGGUCUCAGCCAUGCUGGAGAAAGCGGGGUGGCUCAUUUCGUCAUCAUCUUUGCCAUUCCCAGUUGUGCCUCGCUCGAAUCCUGGAGAUAACAUGCCUGCUGCACCUUCGCCUACCCAAGUAGAUUCACAUUGGCAGCCGAAGAUGGAUGACGGCGACAUGGCCAGUCUGGUUGCAGUGCACGACCCUCACUCCGGAUCGCAGUCGUCCAGGCAAGCAACUGCAGACUAUGUGAAGACCGUGCCUGCUUCGCCUUCUCAGCCUGCAACGGGUCACUUCGUGGACAUGUGGCAGAAGCGCAAGACUCUUCAGAAGGGAGACAGCAGUGAUACAGGAGGCACACGCUUGCCUCACUUGCAGCAGCAGCACAAGCAGCAGCAGCAGCAACAACAGCAACAGCAACAGAAGCAACAACAACAACAACAACAACAACAACAACAACAACAGCAACAGGAACAGCAACAGCAACAGCAGCAACAACAACAACAACAACAACAACAACAACAACAACAACAACAACAACAACAACAACAACAACAACAACAACAACAACAACAACAGCAGCAGCAGCAGCAGCAGCAACGGCAACAGCAAUGGCAUCAACAACAGCAGUAUCAGCAGCAGCAGCAAAGGCAGCAUUUUCAUCACCACCAACAGCAGCGUCAUCAUGAUCAGCAGCAGCAGCAGCAACAGCAGCAGCAGCAUCAAUGGCUGCACCAGCAACUACAUUGGCAGAAGCGCAAGACUCUUCAGAAGGGAGACAGCAGUGAUACAGGAGGCACACGCCUGCCUCACUUGCAGCAACAGCACAAGCAGCAGCAGCAGCAACAACAGCAACAGCAACAGAAGCAACAACAACAACAACAACAACAACAACAACAGCAACAGCAACAGCAACAGCAGCAACAACAACAACAACAACAACAACAACAACAACAACAACAACAACAACAACAGCAGCAGCAGCAACGGCAACAGCAAUGGCAUCAACAACAGCAGUAUCAGCAGCAGCAGCAAAGGCAGCAUUUUCAUCAACACCAACAGCAGCGUCAUCAUGAUCAGCAGCAGCAGCAGCAACAGCAGCAGCAGCAUCAAUGGCUGCACCAGCAACUACACCAACAAUCACAUCAACAAUAUCAAUGGCCCCAGCCACGGCAAGAACGGCCUCGCCAGCAACAGAAAGAGCAUUCAGAACAACUGCAGCACCAUCAUGAGAGAUUGGCUGAGCAUCUCUGGCUAACGCACAAUGGUCAAGAAGCUAUGUCUGUGAGCAAAGACCAGGGAGCUGAAGAGAAGUUGUUUGCGGAUGUUUCUGUCAACCGACUGCCGCAUGACGCGUGGCACUGGGAUUCACUCAAAUCUCGGUUUGUCCUAACACCUAGGCCCUUAUAGCGUAUAAGAUCUUCCACAGCAUGAGUUCCUGUUCCUGGCUAAAGUUUUCCUGGAGUCUUGAGUACACUGUUUAUAUCGACUUCAUUUAUUUAUAAAUUUUUAUGUUUCUACGCUGCUGUUUUCACACGCUAUUUGGCUGUCGAAACACUAUUCUGUGCUGUUAGUUUGAGAGAGAAGUUGAAAAGUUGAAAGCAGAAAGGACUGCAUUUUCGUAUUCUUCGGGUUCAUUCUUCAUCUUGACAAUAUAGACACGAUGUAUGAUUAUUGAUACAUGUUUGUUAUAAGUGGAGUCGACUGUAUCAGA